UCCUUAAUGCUAUUUUUGGUGUAAUUUAUUAAUUGAUUGAUUUUAUUUAUUCCUCUGCAGAUCAGAAACCGAGACUAAGCGUCAGUCAUGAUGGUCAGCUUGAUGAAUUCAGAUUUUUAUGUGAAAUAUCAGGGUCAGAGUCAGUAACUGCUGAUUUUAGCUGUAAUCUCUACACUGGAGAAAAUCCUCAGCCUUAUGUAAAGACAGGAUCUCAGAAGGCAGUUUGUAGAUUUACAGCAGAGAAAAAUGAUCUGUUUAAUCGUCUGCAGUCAGUAAAGAGUCGUGAAGUGAGCUGUGAUUAUUCACUGAUCUCUGACCCAACUGCUCGCUCUCUAAUGAGUGAUAAACACAACAUGAUACAUUUUUUUACUUCCAUGACAACAUCAACAACAACAACAACGACUCAGGCAUCCACUCCUGAAGAGAAACCCAGUGCAGAUUUGAGUCUGGUAACGAUGCCACCAUCCACAGCUACGGAGGAAUCUACAGCAGCUUCUCCAGUUUUUUCAACUCCUCCGAUCACCACAAGACUCACAGCGACUCCUGAAAGUACCAGAGUUACACAAAAUCAUCAUCACAACACAACCAGUGCUCCUAACAAUUUGUCUUCUCCACCAACACGGUCAUCCACAACUGAAGAGAAAACUGAUUCCGCGUUGUCUACUGUAUCAACAUCGCAAACCACACCUAAAGAUAAAUCUACAGGAUCGCUGCCUACCGUACUGUCAGUCACCGGUGUGUGUGUUUUACUGGCUGGACUGAUGAGCUUCUGUCUCUGCGUGUGUAGCAACGGUGAUGAGGUUUACACAGAGGUGAUGUACACACUCUCCUCUCAGCAGUUCUCACAGGAAACACAGCUCCUUUCAGCUUCCUCUGAAUGAUGGACACUGAACAGCUUCUGUCUUCGGUCUCAGUUUAAAGUCUGAACUCAAUAAACUCUUAUUUGUUAAAUAACACAAAUGUUCCUAACAAUUCAUUUGAUUCUCAUGAAUGCUUUUCACAGUCUGCCUUUAUCAUGAACCGUGUGUUUUCUAAAGGAAAUCUGCAGGGUGAACUAUUUUACUGUUGAAUUUGAAACGCACAAUAAAUCAUUUAAUCAGAGAUGCACUUUGAAUCAUCCGGGUAUUGCUUCUUUAUCUUUUAUCUUCUUAUACAGCCUAUCUGUGUGGAUGUUGUUGUUGCUUUGUUGUUGUUUUAUUUUUAUAUUUGAGGCAGGAUCACAUCUGUAAUUAUUUAUUUAACAUGUACAUGUAUUCUUAAAUCUAGAACAGUCACAGUUGUUUAUGUGAUAAUCAAUGGGUUUUGUUUUUUCCUUAAAGAAUCUGUACAUGCACAACAUUAUAUUAUAAUCACAUGGGAAAUCAUCUGUCCUCAUUUACUGUAUAUAAACUAAUGUACUAAUGAAUACUUAUUUACAGAUUUACUCAACAUGACAUCUUAAAUGUUUUGGAGAUAUUAAUGCCAGUAAAUAACUACUUUAAAACAGCUCACUCGGUAUUAUGGAACUGAAGUAAUUGUGUUGAAGUUAAUCCAACUAUGCAGAAAUUUAAAAAAAAAAAUAAUAAUAAUAAAAACUUUACUGAGCAGAUUCUGGGGCGUUGUCACCCCCUAGUGGGUGAAAUAAAUACUGCCGUUAAACCAGAGAAGAAGGAACAGUGAGGACAGUUCUGUAAUCAUAGUCAGGA